AUAUGCGCGUCUGGCCCCGUCUGGAGAUGCUUGGUAUCCUGGACUGGAUUAAUUGGACUUUACGACCAAGAGCGGCUAUAACAGUCUUCUUCUCAGUACGGACAGUUACCCGGUGCAAACAGUGGGAUGUACUCUCUGGAUAACAUAAUCAGUGAUAGCGAGGAUUGGUCAUCUUAACGGCCGCCUUCUGAAAUCGGGUUCAGUGUUGAUAGCAGAUCACUUAUGAACUGCGUGUAUAUGUGUGUGUGUUGUUAUGAUCGACAGGUUCUAAGGACAUGGCAGUGAGAUUUAUAUUGAUGUGUUAAUUCUUUCAUCGGUCAGCUGUACUAAUGUUUAUUCAGCCAUUGAAAGGCUACAAUUCAACGAGCAAUAACAGCGUUGAUGGAGCUAUUUAUGCUAUCUGAAGUCCAAGCAAGGAGCUCCAUGCCUCUACAGUGAACAUUGACAUAACUGUGGCCAACCGCAUAUCACCACUACAGAAACGUUGUAAUUUGGUUCAAUAUGAUGGCCGUAUGGAUACAUAUAUGAGGUGGAAAUGCAGUGUGAUAUUAUUGAUAUAUUUGAAGCUCGCGGACCAUAUGCGUGUGUUUGUUGCAGCGCCUAGUUCAAUAGGUUAUUACAAAUGUGUGAUCUCAUACAGAUGAUACUGAAGGUGCUAUUUCAGUUUUAUUCACUUCAUCGCAAAGCAUUCUAUAUUAUUAACUCAAACACUGAUGUCAUAUUCCAAAACCUUCACCAAUAAGCGUCUCCAUCGCGUCAUUAAUGGAUGCGAGUGAAUCACGUGAAGUAUUCUACAACAUUGCAAAAACUGACAUAAUCAUUAAGUCUCAAAGGAUCGUUGCAUACCACCACGUAAUAAGAUAGAACGCACAUCACCUGUACACUGAUUUAAUAAUGCAUGCCCUAACCAUGGAUCUCAUAUAAAUAACGUUAACCCGAGUUUAGUAUUUUGGCCUCUGCAGUCGUCUAUUUAUGAGAGCAAAGGCCCGGAGCAGUGAAGUCAAACUGAUGCGUCGGAAUUUGAAAAGGUGUUGCCUUACCAUCUGCUGCAAGGGUCCUAUAGGAUUUGGACGCUGAUGACUUGACAUCGACUUUUACAUUUGUCGAGCGUAUUCGCUUGCACUUGAUACGAGUGAAUACAAGACUGAGUAUUCACUAGCUGCUCCAAAAUGUGAAUAUGUCACUUGGUGCAGGAAACCGUUGCGUAAAAUGGUUCGCAUCUCUGGCAGAAUGAUUUACGAGGAUUGCGUAUUGAACCACUAUUUCGUGCAACAUUUACAAUAUCGCUUUCUGUGACCGCGGACUAUUUUGAAUGGAUCGAUAAUUUUUUCGGUGCCUUUAUGAGACUACUAACACCAGUGGCUAAACGGCUGUCCUAGGCUUAAUUGAAUGGACGGACUUCAGGGAAUGACACUUCUGACAACUGUUCUCAUUCCAGCAACCGGCAAAAGCCUGAUAUGUUAUUUAUCUUCGGCGAUAUAUCGAUGUAAUUUACUACCACGUGGAUUCACCUAUCGAUACGUGGAGCCCAUAUUGUCAACAUGUGGAAAUGUGUAACAAGUGGGGAUUCAUGAGGCUUAAUUCUUCGAAAGACGGCGUCCAAUGUUUUGAAACGAGUGUGUUUCUGAAUGGAUAUUCUAAGUAUUCCUCUUCCAAAGGAUUCUCGGUGGUGCAGAUGAAACAAACUCUAUCAUAUCAAGGUGACCAGAGGGUGCAACUAAUGUCACGCUGAUACAAAUCUACACAACGAAAAGGAAUCUUAAUGGAUGUCAGAGAUAUCGGCGUCUGUAGUUGAUAAUAAAUCCUACAGAUCAUAGAGAAGUAUACUGCAAUAAGUACAUCGCCUUUUACUCUAUCUGGAGUGUUGGGAUACAAUAAGUGGAACCGAUUUUAGGACAUCUCAGGGAUUACUGAAUGGGAAAACACUUGGAUUUACCGUUAAACCAGCAGGAUGGUGUUUAUGAUGGACAGUAUUAUUGGGUCUGUAGGACGAGUUGCCAACGUAAAAGUUCGCAAUGAUGACGAUCUGAUUGACCGAGUGAACCAUCUUUAUACAACAGGAAUACUCAUAAUCUUCACAGUGGUCGUCAGUGCUCGACAGUACGUAGGCGACCCAAUCAGGUGCUGGUGUCCGGCCCAGUUCACAGGGGCUCAUGUCGACUACGCGAACAACAUCUGCUGGAUCUCCAAUACAUAUUACAUCCCCAUGAAUGAAGUCAUCCCAGUUGAGCAUCACAAGCGAACAGAAAAAGAGCUCACCUACUACCAGUGGGUACCAGUUGUGCUCCUCAUCCAAGCACUCAUGUUCUACAUCCCAUGUAUUAUAUGGAGACUCCUCAAUGGUCAGUCUGGCAUCAACGUUGACAGGAUUGUAGGUCUGGCCAGUGACGCCCAGUAUGAGAGUCCGGAGAUCAGGAUAAGGACUAUAAAAUACGUGGUGAGGCAUAUUGACAGGUGUUUGGACAACCAGAGGGAGAGUAGGCAUACGUGUUGUGUACAACUGAGACACAUCCUGUCGGCUAAGUUGUCUCUUCUUUGUGGUAAGCGGUACGGGAACUAUCUGGUAGCUGUGUACCUGUUCAUGAAGGUGAUGUACAUAUCCAACGCAAUUGGUCAGUUGUUCAUGCUGAAUGAAUUCUUGUCCACAGAAUAUAAUAUUUAUGGAUUCCAGGUUCUUCAGGACCUCAUCGUUGGUGAUGAGUGGACGGCAUCGCACCGAUUUCCACGAGUGACAAUGUGUGACUUUGACAUUAGACAGAUGCAGAAUAUCCAUCGUCACUCCGUCCAAUGUGUGCUGCCUAUCAACUUAUUUAAUGAGAAAAUCUACAUCUUCAUGUGGUUUUGGUUGGUGUUUGUAUCAAUACUUACUUGUUACAGUUUUGUCUCUUGGCUGUGGCAUAUGGUGUUUCCAACGUCACGGAUGCAGUAUGUGAAAAAGUUUUUAAAAAUCAUGGACCGAUUAGGAACAGGUCCUGAUAAAAAGCUAGCUAACAGAUUCACUAUCGAAUACCUUCGACAUGACGGUGUUUUUACACUUCGCCUCAUAGGCAAAAACUCGAGUGAUAUUGUUGUAGCGGAGAUCGUUUCUGGACUUUGGGACAUGUACAGAAGCAAAAAGUCUAUACAGAUUCGUAACACUACCGGAAAUGGCCAUGAUAUGGAAGGGGAAGAUGUGUAAGCGCCAGAACCGACGGAUAUAUUGCAUUAGUACCUUGUGUACUCAACAGUGCCAAGACACGAUGGUCUGCUGUCCGUGCGCGUAUUAGAUGACCAGGUCAUGGCGCUUCCGAUGGACGAUGGACGACCGAUGAUUGUCGGACGAUGAACCCCAUGAAAGGCUUACAGACUGGCUUUGGCGCAUUUAAGCGCUAGGUGACCAUGUAAGAUCGGCUGUAGUCCUCUGACCAUAGUUUCGGCUGAAGCCAUGUAGUUUAGGGAAAUGUGCUCUCAUUCGUGAUUUUCUAUGCGUUUGUACUCGCGACAGACAUAAUAAUGUAGUCAGGUCGAUAUGUUAGUCUGAAUUUCAUUAAUGACAUUUUAUUGUGAUUCGGUACACAUACGUAGUGUAUAUGUGAUAGGAUAAGAAAAUAUUAUUUUAUUUUAUUAAAUCCAAAGUAUACUUAACUAUAUUCAGUGCAGACUUCACGUGAUGAAUGACGUACUAACGAAUGUAAUGUUGUUAACUUGGUUUUCUAAAGUAACGCUUAUUUUGUAAGAGUAUUUACCUUAAUCAAAGUUGUUACGUACUGGAGUAAUCCUUCAUUAAAAAAGGGAGUGUGGAGUAUUCAGUAAUAAACAAAUUUUCGUGUUUUUUUUGUAACAACCUAUCAGCAGCAUUGCUAUCAUAUAUAUAAAAUGAUAUACAGUUUUAUAGAUGCAUAUCAUUAAUUUGCUCGAAAAAAUAUGUUUCGUUCGUAUUUUCAGAUUGUGAUAUCCCCGUAUGUGAUCUAUUGUUGUUGGUUGCUAUGGUUACAAAGAAUUGCUCUGAUUGGCUGUUACGGGAAGUAACGGGUUAAAUUCUGGUUGUGUCGAUAUCCAAAUGAGCCCGGCUUUUGCCGAUGAGAGGGUUGUGAUAGUUGUUACCUCACCAACUUCUGCUCACUUAGUAUGGAACUAUCCUAUACUGACUUGUAUAUAGCAGUAUAUUUAAUAUAUUUAUGACCACAACAAAUCAAUACUUGUCCGUCGGAUGUUUUGUAAAAUUAAUGAGUGAUUGGGGUUUCAAGCUGCUUUGAACAGCAUUUUAGUAGAAGAAAGGCGUUUCAGUUUUACAUGAACCCAAAAUGAGUCAUGUCCUGGACGUUUACAACUUUGGUGACACAAAAUACACCGCACAAGCAAUAAGUAUCCCAGAAUAGAUUCAAAGCGAAUGUAAGAUUCGUAUCCCCAAGGAGCUAAGGGGCGUAACUCUGCACGGCAAUAUGCAAUGCGUUAAACAUCUUGACCAACCAUGACUUGUGUAAAGGGAAUAUAAAUAUACCCUCAAAUUGGUACUUUGUAAAGGUAUUCAUAUUUGUUUUUGUUUUUUUGGAUAUAAGUAUACAAAACAUCGAGUGACUGACAGCUAACAUAUUAAUUCACAGAGGCAAUAUAUAUUACUUAGCAUGUGUAGACGUUUGAAUUCGCUUUUUGUUCUUCCGUUUAACGUAGCAUCGAUUCAUUUCUAGUAGAUAUGUGUUUUACACGAAGAUAAUUAAUUAGUCUUCAUUCAAUCGUCACCCAGACUCCGACGCCAAAUGAAUUGGUAUGUUGUGGUCUAUUGCUAGUUUAUACAAAUGUAGAUUUCAUUGGGCGUGGUUCGCUUUGUUUGAACAUAUAUCUUAUUUGCUAUUUAUUUCCGUUUAGUAGCAAUGCACAACUUGUGCUAUAGAUUGAGUUUAUAUUUUCGUACAUACGUUACAAAGCUAGUUUUGUCAUAUAUUGCAGCUUUAUUAUUAACUUUCUUUAAGAUUUGCGUUUUUCGUUUUGUUAACUAUGUUGAGGUUUUUUAUUGAAUAUACAAAUCAUGAAUGACAGCACAUUGCCCUUGUAGAUACCAGAGAGUGUUAUGAACACAAUAAUUGACGAAUACUACUAACCAUGCGAUAUUUGAGACGUCAGAUCUCUUCCGUGACAGUACCAUUCCGAAACACUGUAAUGACUGCUAUUGCCUAUAGUGUUUGGUUAGUCCUUGGUCGGGCCAGAAUCUUCACACAUUGUAACUGUUACACACUAAAUCUUCUGCACACUAUUUUUGUAACAUCUGCUAAUUACAAAAGCAUUGUCUUUGCUUUGUAAUAUCAUAGACUUGCAGCGUCCGUUCAUUCCCACCUACAGGAGUUCGAGCCCUGGUUCGGAUGAGCUUGUGUACUCGCGGUUCGGUCUGAUGGCACAAGAAGUUCAGAGUGGUCAGAAAAUGUGAUUGAAGAUUUUGAACUCGACUUUUAGUGUUUUCUUGCAAUGGGACAUGGUCGUUGGUUUGUGUUCAGAUUUUUCACUUUUCAGCUAAGCUGAACAUGGUGCUGUUUACAUAUACAAGCACUAGAGUAUUACUAUAUAAAUUUAACAUAUUUUUGCAAGAUCUCGGAUAAUGGAGACUAGAUCAAUUAGCCUCGGUAGUUGUGGCCCAAUAGUUAGAUAGUGAUUUGUGUUCAUACACGACUAUGCGUGUUUCAAUCAGUCACCAUUCUCAUAACAGAGUCUCAUAACAUUGUGGAUUUCCAAAAUUCCGUUUAUUUGGAAACUAGUCAUUCUACCCUGUUAUUGCCGUAGACAGUUAAUAUCUGUGUCUGAUGUCACUCAGUAUGUUCAUUAGAAUGUAAGUACAAGAUUGUGCUGAACAAAGUAUCAGUAUGUAUACAUGUUAUCUAGAUCGAUUUUCAAGAACUUGGUUUGUGAUAUGUACAAGAUUAUCACUCUUCACUGCUGCCAUUCAUGUUUUGAAACUAUAAACGUUUGUGUAUACAAAAUUGUUGAUUUGUAAAAUCGUCAACUAUAUUGUCAACAACAAGUAUCAUUGUAAACACUUUUUCGUUUUGAUAUGAAUUUGGAAAUGCUGAUAACGAGUAUUGAGACGCUUUUAUGGUAAGAGUGGUUGAAUUUCCAUUUUUUCAUUGUAAUUAUUUUCAUUUAAUUCCAAAUUUUGAUGUGAUUUUCUCCUGAACAUGCACGUGCAAUGUUUUUUAUUGGCCUUGAAAUAACUUCAUUUCAUUUCCUGUUUCAAUCACCCAUUGUAUCUCUGCCCGAAUAUUGAUCCCAUUGUUUUCUAUAGAGUAUGUUAUAUAUACUUACUAAAUUCCCUUUGAAUGUUAAACAUCUAAGGCUGUUAUAGAUGCAAUAUCUUUGUUUUUUACUAAUUUAUUCAGCAGUUAACAUUCUUUUUUUUCUCUUAUCGUGUACAUUUUGCAUUAUUUUUUCAUAGCUGCCUAACAUGUAGCACAUCGACAUUUGCUUCAUUCAUUUACUAGUUUAUUGCUUAAAUGACAUCCAACAUUGCUGUCGUUUUUUUCUGAUUUGUCCCGAAAUACGUGUUACCUACUAAAUAACAUUGACAAGUUAUAGCCGCCGAUCGACAACCUUGAACUGUGAGAACUUAUUGUAUUAUUUGUUGCUGAUAUAAAGCAAAAUCAUACCUGCAAUAUUUAUGCAAGAACAUAACACAAACUAACUUGUUCUCAAAAGCAGGUAUCUUUGUGAACACACUUGUGUUGCUGUGGAGAAAUCCUGCUGAUUUGAUUGUGGAUACCGUUUUGGCACCAAUGGGAAUGGGUUUGAUAUACAUUUAGAUAAUUGGUUAUGAUGCUUUUCAGAACCCGUUGGCACGAAACCAUUGAUAUUAUGGAUUUUAAAAAGUUCAAAUGUAAAUAUUGGUUUCGUGGGAAAUGAUAAAACGAGUAACAUAAAAGUAAAUUACCUUGAAAUGUUAUGAUAGGCGUUUUGGACUAUGCAAACUUAAGCAACUAUGAUAAAAACUUGCAACUGCGGUUAACAGUUCAAGGUUGAUUCAUGGCGCUCGUGACAAAGUCUUCCGUUCCCAGCGGUCAAAUAUGCGUCACUGUGUGUUCUGUUUCCUUCCUCUCUGCAAAUGUUGUGUAGAAUCGUACCAAAGACCUAGAAGGUUCAACGUCCUAACAUUAUAACUGACCAGGUUGAAUUCCUUGGAGGUAGGCGAACACGUAAUAGACAUACGUGUUUCUUGUUAAUCUAAAUAUUUCGAUCGAUAUUAAUGGGUCAUUUGGGUUCCGACAAAUGUUCAGAUACAAUCAGAAAUAAUGUUCGAAUUUAUAAACUGGCACGCAUGUUCUUGGGAAGCAUCUCCCGUAUGGUUCGCCUGAAUAUGAACCAUUUUUGACAUUUGCUUACCAACAUAAUUACCCUUCUGAAUAUAGCGUUAUCGCCAUCAUCUAUACCGAUAUAGCUAUUUAUCGCUAGUGCUGUUGGACGCUUGCCAUUUGGCGAGGAAUGACCGGACUGCCAGAAAAUGAACCUCCAUAUAAGUGCCUUCCAUCUCUACACAACUAUGCAUGAACUCGCCAAUGUUACUGCUUUGUUGUUAUUUAUUUGUUUAUUGUCAUUAGUUAGCACUGCUAUGCAACUCGAGAAGACCUUUCAGCAAUCGGCUGUGAUACAAAGUUUGGUUAAAUUAAUUGAACAUAUGAUCUACAGUAGGUAGCGAGUAUCUUGUCGUUGUUUAAACAUUAUGGUUUGUAAUUUAUGCAUUUAAUAUAGUUUAUUUAAUAUGUUUUACUAUGUACAAAAGAUUUGUAAAUUUCAUUACCGUUUUCAUUAAAUUAUUUCCAAUUAUAUGCCAAAAAGUGCAAUAUCCUUGAAAGUCAAUCCUUUGAGACCCGCUGUUACUCACCUGAUUAAAAUAAUAUCAAACAGUUCUAGUCACGCUGUUUCGCAUGGACAGUCUCAUAAUGACACUGGUGGUGUUUUUGUUUUUGAGACAAUCAAAUGAAUUUUCUACCAAGAAAAUAUUUUUAUGAUCUUCCAAACUGCACACGCCGUAUUCAGGUGAGCUAAUAGCAUUGCGCAUGCGUGUGUUUGAUAUCAUUAUCAGUCAACUAUCAAGUGUGUGGGCCAGACGAGGUACAUUGCAUCUUGUUAAAACGACAUAUAAUAAACAUUUUUAAAUUUCAAA